GAUGGCGUGACUCCACUGAUGUCAACGAGCGCGAGAGUGUGUCACUUUGUUACUUUGUUAACUCGAUUUAAAUGGAUUCUUUUAUCAAACUGACCAAUCAGAGUCAAGGAAGGGAUCGCAUUUUCAGGGCAACCCAGUACGCAUGCGCGUUGACCAGGUACCUGCUUCGAAAUGAUCUGAAGAGGAAAGUGGUGGUGCAGAAGUUACAGAGCCUGGAGUCCAGCAUGAGUUCAGGACGGAAGUUUUUCAGGCUUGGAAAUACAGUGAGUUCGAUUGAUGCAGCUAAGAAAGCCCUUUACCUCACCGACCCUGUGCUGCGGUUAUGCAUCACCGUAUCCAAUCUGAACCGUGCCCUCUAUUUCAUCUGUGACAACGCGCUCUGGGCGAGAAGCAUCGGCCUCAUCCAAGACAUCGAUAAGGACAAAUGGAACCUAAACGCCACCCGGUAUUACUUUUUCUCCGUGGUGAUGAACCUGGUCCAGGACGCUUACACGAUUGCCCGGCUCGUGGUCCAGAAGUCUCGAGACGGAAAAUAUCAUCAGAAAGUCGACCGUCACCUUAAUGAGUGUCCGGACGCAGCCGCCGUCGUUAUCCCACAGCUCGAUGCGUUUCUGUUUCUACUAAUCGAGAGCCUUCGAAAUCAACCGGCUUUGGUUCUCGACGUGUUAAAGAAUGUGUGUGAUAUUUUCAUUCCCUUAGAUAAGCUUGGAGUCUACAGGACAAAUGAAGGCGUCACAGGACUCUGUGGACUUGUUUCAUCUCUUAUAGGAAUACUGUUGGUCCUGAAGCCCAGUCUGAAAAACAAACCAUAAGGGAAGGAGUGCAGGCUUGAAGCCCUGACAGGAAGUGCUUUUGGACAUCAAGUACUCAUAAAAGCUAAUAUAAAUCUACAAAUAAUCCUGAAUUAAACUAAUAUCUUGAAUUGAUCACUUUUAUAGAUUUGGAAAACAAUUGAAUUUAUUAAUGGAAAUAAUAUGCAGAAAAAAUAUUUAUUAUAAUUUUAGUCUUUAUUUGUCUGAUAUAGCCUACUUUACUGCAUGGUGAAAUUCUUCCUUUGCAUAUCCCAGCUUGUGGGACCUACUAGGGGCAGGGCGCAGUGUACGACACCUCUGUUGCAGAUGGGGUUAAGGGCUUUGCUCAAGGGCCCACAAUGGCAGCUGGGAGGAGGUGGGGCUUGGACCAUGACCUUCUGAUGAUCAACCCAAAGCCUUAACUCACUGAGCUACCUGCUCCGAUAUUAAUACCUAGAAUCUAAAAUGAUUUUAUACGAGAGACAGUUUUCACAUAGCUGAUUACAUGCACAUGCCUACAGUAUGUGAAUGAUUAGACGUUUUAUCGCUUCUGCUAAAAGAUUUGAUAAGAACUAACACCUUGUUUUGACUUGAAUGAGUGAAUGCGUGUCCUCUGAAUUAUGUCUCCUAUAUUUAA